GAAACGCGAUUUACACGGCCAAAACGCCGGUAAUGGAUCGGUUGAUUGCGGCAAAUAGUACGAAAAUUGAGGCCCAUGGUCUGCAUGUCGGCUUGCCGGAAGGUCUGAUGGGGAAUUCGGAGGUUGGCCACUUAAACAUCGGCGCCGGGAGGGUCGUUUAUCAGGAUAUCGUGCGUAUCAACAUGACCGUUGACAACAAUAAGGUGGCUGAGAACAAAACCUACAAGGCCGCCUGCGAACAUGCCAUCUCGAAGAACGGAAGAAUUCAUCUGAUCGGCUUGGUCAGUGAUGGAGGCGUACAUUCACACAUCAAGCAUCUCUACGGACUGAUAAAGGCCGCGAAACAGCUGAAGGUCCCGCACUGCUACAUUCACUUUCUUUCAGACGGCAGGGACACCAGUCCGACUAGUGGCGUUGGUUUCGUGAACGACGUCUUGCAGUUUCUGAAACAGAACUCUUAUGGUACGCUGGCAUCCGUCAUUGGCCGAUAUUACGCCAUGGACCGAGACAAGCGAUGGGAACGCAACAAGAUCGCUUACGAGGGCUUGGUUGCCGGAGUCGGCGAGAAAACCACCGUCGACAAGCUGACCGAUGUGAUCAAGGCCAGGUACACGAAAGACGAAACGGACGAAUUCUUGAAACCCAUCAUCGUUAGCGAAGAGGGACGUAUCAAGGACGACGAUGUGAUCACGUUCUUUGACUUCCGCGCUGAUCGCAUGAGGCAGAUCGUGGAAACGUUCGGCAUCCAGCGCAAUUUCGAGACCGAAGUUCACCACCCUAAAAAUUUGUACAUUUGUUGCAUGACUCAGUACAAAAAGGAGUUCACGUUUCCGCUGCUGUUUCCGCCUGAGUCACAUAAGAAUGUGCUGGCCGAAUGGCUAUCAUCCAAUGGAUUUUCACAGUUUCAUUGUGCGGAAACCGAAAAGUACGCUCACGUGACAUUCUUCUUUAACGGUGGCCGCGAGGCAGCUUUCGCGAAUGAGGAUCGUUUCAUGGUACCUUCGCCGAAAGUACCAACGUAUGAUUUGCAGCCGCCGAUGAGUAGCGCACUUGUAGCUGAUAAAAUGAAAGAGACGAUCGGUCUGAAGAAGUACCCGUUCGUCAUGUGCAACUUCGCUCCUCCAGAUAUGGUAGGACACACCGGAAUUUUUGAUGCGGCCGUGCAGGCUUGUGAGGCAACUGACAACGCGAUUGGCAUCGUCGAGAAGGCUUGCAAUGAAAAUGGUUAUAUUCUGAUGGUAACUGCCGACCAUGGAAACGCAGAAAAAAUGUAUGACCCUGUCGGAGGGAAACAUACAGCACACACUUGCAAUCCAGUUCCUCUGAUCAGCACCGGAAAGCAGAAGUUGAAAAAGACGCUGUCAGAUCGUGCCCCUGCGUUGUGUGACGUCGCCCCGACGGUACUCCAAGCGAUGGGUCUGCCCAUACCGCCAGAAAUGACCGGAAGCUCUAUGCUGGAGGCGUGAAA